GUUGAACUCAGAAUCAGGUUUUGCAUUGUAAGAUCAGACCACACCAUUUGGCGGCGUCACUUUUUGGAAAGUUCAGGGGUAAAGUUUCGAAGGUAUGACAAAGUUUGGGGACCGAAUUGUAUUUUCUCCAGAAUAUAAGAGUGUUCAGUAAAAAGAGAAGAGAAACAAGAGCAAGGGAACGAUGGAGAACCGGAGGACCGAGCCGGAGAAGAACAGAAGACGAGGCGGCGGCGGCAGCAGCAGCGAUUUCGCCGCGCGGCUGUACUGUAGCUCUUCUAUCCCGUCAGACCACCAACACAGUAGCCCGUGAACGGCCGACCUGUCAGCCUCGUCGCGGUCGGAGCGGACGAAGCAAAAUGCCUUGGCCUUCCCCAGCUGAAUGUCGGAAAUGGAAGGGGAAAUUGCCAAGCUUUUGGUUCAGAUGAGUGCGGCAGAUGGCCCUCACGGUGAAUCAAUGCUGCAAUCUCGGCUAACAAGAAAGAGAGGUAAGAGAACUGCAAGGGAGACCACGAGAUCAAAAAGGCAAAAGCCCACUGCACAGAAUCCUCCUACCAAGACUUCUGAGCAUGUCUCACCUCGGGUUACGACCGUAGAGCUGAGCCCUCCAAUGGGGACUCCUGCUCCAUCUGCAUCCAACCUUAAGCCAUCUACGAGCUUGCUCUCUGAGAGUCUCACAUUUUGGGAGAAUAAUGCUUUCUGCAAACAACAGGAUGACAAAGAAACGGUCAAUGGGGUUAUGCUUGACAAACUCUUCGCAGAGGGUGCUCAGUACCAGUUGCAGGCACUCAGAUUCUCCCACAUCCAGCAGGUGUUAGUGAAGCGCCUCGUAUCUGAGCUUGAAGGUGCUCGGUCUGAGCUUUCUCAGUUUCGUGCCCAGCAGGACAACCUCGCGACAGCUCAGAAGCAAUUGGAAGAACGGUUGGCUGGGAGUUUAUCUCAGCUUGAAAGUGCUCGGUCUGAGCUUUGCCAGCUUCAUGCACAACAGGACAACCUCACUACAGCGCAGAAACAACUGGAAGAACAGUUGGCUGAGGUUGAGAGAAGACUGAAGGAAGAGGAAGAAGCUCGUCAUAACGAGAAAGACCAGUUCCAGAAAGAGAAGGAAGAACUCUUGAACGCUUUGGAGGAGGAGAGGGAUCACACCCAGGAGGCUGUGGCUGAGGCUAAAGCAAAGGCAGUAGCUGAAUACAAAGCCAGCGAAACCUUCCAACCUGACCUCCGCGCCCGCAAGCGAGCUGGAAUUGACUAUGCCUUCAAUGUCAUGACCAAAAAGGCAAUGGAGAUGUUCCCUAAUAUUAAGCCGAAACUUGAAGCAACCAUGAAGAUGCGUCAGGCCCCGUGUUGGUUGCAGCCUCCUGCUUCUAGUUCUUAGGCUUUUUCCUUGUCUUUUGUAAAUCCUGCGAACCUGUUUCCGUCUAUCUACUAACGAAGUUUUAUGAAGCCUUUCUGUUUCUUGUUAUAUCCCAUUCCCCUGCUAGGAGUAUCUAUGGCUUUGGAGAUGUUUUUUAACGUUUCAAGUACUGUUGAGACAAAUCUUCUGCAUAUAAAUGCAAAUACAAUAAAUUUGGUUAUGUUA